GUCACAAUUUGAUAAGUGUACCAAACCAAAAUGCAAACUUGAUGUAAUCUCGCGUUCUCCUCUGCGGAGGAGGGCUGAUGAAAAGGGUUUUUAUUGAACGAAAAAACUCUGCACUAUGGUUAAGAAAGAUAUAAAUGAUGCAAGGUGCACCAAAUGUGGCCUUAUUCAGCCAUGCCCUUGUGUAACCGACAAAAAUUUUUAUGGUGCACAUGACACCAUAGAGGAACCGCUGGUAAUAUUCAACAAGAGGCCAAGACGACAUACAACACCCUUGCCAGGUGCAGAGGCAUUUCAACAUGAGAAAGUCUUUCGAAAACGCUCUAACAUAGUAGAAGUGGCAAAAACAGCAGAUAAUGUUGCGAGAGCUGGAGCACACCAUCAAAGAUUUGCCUCCCGAACUCUGUCGUACAUUCGAGAGAUCUUCAACGCCAAUCCAGACAACAAACUCGCGCUAAAGUUGUUCGGCAACAAGGCAGCUGUGAUGCUAGAACAGAGACGACAAAGCCAACAAGGAAAAGGCGUCAUUCAUCCUUUUAGCACCUUUCGAUGGUAUUGGGAUAUUCUGCUGAUCAUCUUCAUCUUCAUGCACGUGCUUCUUCUGCCUGUCAGCAUUGCCUUCUUGAGUGAUGACCUCUCCAUCCAUUGGCUUAUCCUCAAUGGCGUUUCCGACGUCUUCUUUGUAGUUGACAUUUUUCUGAACUUUAGAACUGGCAUAGUAGAUCCCAAUAAUCAGGAAGAGGUUAUCUUGGACAAGAAGGUGAUAAGUAUGAUGUACCUGCGCGGUUGGUUUAUCAUCGAUUUGGCUUCAUCGCUACCGUUCGACUACGCAUAUUUUAUUGCUUCGUCCACAACAGAAGAACAAACCCUUCUCAGAGCUUCCAGGGCCUUGCGGAUUCUAAAACUUGCUAAGCUUCUAAGUCUUUUGCGUUUGCUGCGAGUAUCAAGGCUGGUUCGAUACAUGACAAGGUUUGAAGAGCUUUUGAAUAUAGCAAAAGGUCAACUUCGGAUAAUGAAGCUGAUAUGUUGUAUGUUGGUGUUGUCUCACUGGAAUGGAUGUAUUCAGUUCUUUGUCCCGUACCUCCAAGAGUUCCCUGAUGACUCUUGGGUCUCCACCAGCAACCUUAAAACCGCCUCUCCUGGUGAACAGUACAGUUGGUCCUUAUUCAGGGCGUUGUCUCAUAUGUUAUGCAUCGGCUACGGACACUAUCCUCCACAAAACUUGACAGAUCUUUGGUUGACUGUCUGCAGUAUGACCGCCGGGGCCACGUUUUACGCUGUCUUUAUCGGUAUCAUGUCCAGUCUCAUCAUGUCCAUUGACUCUUCGGGCAGGCUUUUCAACGAGAAGUUGAAUCAAGUUGAAGAAUAUAUGCGUUAUCGAAAGCUCCCGUUACGGAUUCGUCUUCAAGUACAAGACUUUUACGAGCAUCGGUUCCACCACAAGCUGUUUGAUGAGGAUGCUAUUCUAACUGAGCUGUCUAAGAACCUUCGUGAGACCAUUCUAGUGCAUAACAUCAAGCCCCUCCUGACCACCGUGCCGUUCUUUAGUGGCGCCAGCAUUAGCUUUAUCACCGACAUUGUCACCAAGCUUAAAUUCGAAGUGUUUCUUAAUGGGGACUACAUCUGCCGCAGCGGCCAUCGUGGUGAUAAGAUGUACUUUAUCCAAAAGGGAAUCGUGGAUAUACUGACCCGAGAAGGCGCCUUGGCGACCAGUCUUGGUGACGGUUCGCACUUUGGAGAAAUCUGUUUGCUGACGAAGGAAGCGCGUCGCGUGGCAUCCGUGCGAGCGGCCACCACGUGCGAUGUAUAUAGCCUGUCUGCCACCCACUUCCACGAGGUCCUGCAAGAUUACCCGGAGAUGAAGUCCGUGCUAGAGGAAGUAGCCAAGGAGAGACUCUCGCGACUAGGGCUCAAACCGAAACUCUCUGAGAUACAAGUCUCAAAAGACCACAAAAGAUCCGUAUUUGAGUUUGAAGAUGGCCAUGAAAACAUCCCUCUUACACUACCGCUUACGCCUGCUCCUGAACCGAGCGCGGAACCAGCUGAUGUAGGAACAUCUUUGUUUGUCCCCAAAAAAGGAAAAGUUGGCGGUGUCCUAACCCAAGCAUUUAUCAAAUCUGUCGCCCCUGGACUCGCGUCUUUCGUAGAACACAAACACCACUAUUCCGUUGAUCUCUCCGACGACAACAGUGAUAAUGACGAAGUGGAGAUGGACGAGGAUGUUCUUGCUCUCAUCGCAGACUUCUAAUCCUCACUAGUUAAUUCUUCCUUUAUUAAUCGCCAGAGAAGUAAAUUACCUCAACCAAUCACCAAUUUUCUCAGUAAUCGUCCGUGUACUAGUAUGACGCAUUAUUACUACUUAAGUUUCAAUUUGUCAUUGUCUUCUGAACAUUUCCAACUUAAAAUCAUUUCUAUUCUACCGAUAAAAGACUCACUUGUUUUGGAAUACCUGUACCUGUUUUGAAAUUAAUGAUUCUGUAAAAUUGGAAAACCGA